AUUGCAAUAAUCAUGGCUUGCAAUGUGCAGAAUGGAGUUGAAGAAUAUUCAGUUUUUCUGGAUUUUAACACUAGUCCUGUAGUUUCUGUUUUAACAACGUCGACCUGUUAGGAAUUUAGACAGGAACUUAUAUGAACAGUUGCACAGUAAACUGACAGCUAGCAGAUAUGGUUCGAAAGUCACAGAGAGUGAAGCUUGAACACACAAGGCAAGGAAAAAAAUGCAGAGAAAAAGCAGAGAUGCAGAAUCAGUGUGGCACAAAUAGGAGACCAGAGCAGUGCUGUGGGGCGCACAGACGGAAACUAGAAUUGUUUUGCCAGGAUGAUGAGGCCUUUAUCUGUACCCUGUGUGUUCCCAGACAUUCCAGCCACAGUUUUGCAUUUUUACAUGAGGUAGUCAAUGUGUAUAAGGACAAGAUGAAAACAUAUUUAACAACCCUAGAAUACAAAGUGGAAGAUUUAAAAAAUGUGCAAAACCAUCAGGCAAAGGAAAUCCUAAGUAUACAAGAGGAUGCAUUUAGUUUGGAACUAUAUAUUACACAAGAAUUUGCAAAAUUGCAUCAAUUUCUGAAAGACAAGGAACAGAAACUCAUCCAGCAACUUAAGGAAGAAAAAGCAAACAUUCUAAAAGAAACUGACGAAAGUCUUCAGAGUGUUAAACACGGUAUUUCCUUCCCUGUGACAGUGUCUGCUACCUUGGAGAUCAAGAAUAAAGAAACAGAAGCAGAGACUCUGAAAAAAGUACAACAUUUUGAAUCCAUUGAAAAAGAUUUUUUAGCCACUCAGAAGACACGUGACAGCAACUUGGAUCUCAGACAGCAGGUGUCUGUUCAUAUACUAACAGUCCCAAAAACCUUUGAAGAUGUUGCUGUUGCUUUCUCAGAAGAGGAGUGGAAGUUAUUAAGGAAACAAGAUAAGGAGCUUCACAGGGAAGUGAUGAUACAGAACUACGAAACCUUGGUAUCAGUAGGAUACAAAAUUGCCCAAAAGAAGUUAUUGGAACUAUUCAAAGCAGAUGAUGAACUGUCAAAGGAUGUUUUAAAGAGAACCAGUACAACAAAACAGAAGAAUAAUCUUGACGAUAACUUCCACAGUAUUACAGACAUGGAAUACAGUAUGAGCUGUAGACAGCAGGCAUCACUUGAGCGACCCCAGUUACAUCACCCAGCAGAGAACCUGCAGCAGUGUGCUCAGCCUGUGAAUGUCUGUGACAGGUUUCGUAUUACUACUUUACCCCAGCUUCAUGUGAAACAUAGCAACAUGAACCUUAAAUGUGAUAACGGAACAUUCCAGUUAAAUCUAACAGAGAAUCUACAGCAGAGUACUGACCCUGAAAAGGGAUACGGCAAGCUUCAUCUUACUCCAGUACCAGAGCUGAACUCAGAACACAACUGCAGCAAGACUUCUGAAUGUGACACAAGUCUGAUAUCUCGCACAGAGAAGAAACCAUACAAAUGUACUGAAUGCAAUAAGUCAUUUAUAUGUGCCAGAAGACUCCAAAACCAUCAAGCCUUUCACAUGGGAAAUAAACCAUACAAGUGUGCUCAGUGCAGUAAGUCUUUCACAUAUCCCAGCCAUCUUCGAAUGCAUCUUGUUUGUCACACAGGAAUUAAACCAUUUAAAUGUGAUCAAUGUGAUAAAUCUUUUACACAAAAGAGAUCUCUAGUACACCAUCAGUACUCCCACACAGGGAUUAAACCAUUUAAACCAUUUAAAUGUGCUGAAUGUGAUAAGUGUUUUAUACGAAAGCAACAACUAGAAUGCCAUCAGUAUUCCCACAUGGGGAUCAAACCAUUUAAAUGUGCAGAAUGUGAUAAAUCUUUUACACAAAAGAUGCAGCUAAUGCACCAUCAGUACUGUCACACAGGAACUAAACCAUAUAAGUGUGCUGAAUGUGAUAAGUAUUUUACACGAAAGGGAUCCCUAGUACAUCAUCAGUACUCCCACAAAGGGAUUAAACCAUUUAAAUGUGAUGAAUGUAAUAAGUGUUUUGCACACAAGCAACAGCUAAUACACCAUCAGUACUGCCACACAGGGAUUAAACCAUUUAAAUGUGCUGAAUGUGAUAAGUCUUUUACAAACAAACAGUAUCUAAAAUUCCAUCAGUACUCCCAACACAGAGAUUAAACCAUAUAAAUGUACUGAAUAUGUUUUAAACAAAGUGAUCAUUAAUAUAACAUCAAUAUUCCCACACAGAAAAUAAAUUACAUAAAUGUCCUGAAUGUGGUAAAUGUUUCACACAAAGGCAUCAUCUAAAAAUCCAUCAAGAGUCUCACAGAAGGAUUAAACCAUACAAAUGUACUGAAAGUGGUAAGUGUUUUACCUAAAAGGAAACUCUAAAAUUUCACAAGAAUACUCACACAGGGAAUAAACCUUAUAAGUGUGCUGAAUACAGUAAGCCCUUCACAAGUCCCAGCACCCUUCAAAGUCAUCUUGUUUCUCACACAGAGGGCAGAUGGGGUCCGAAUGGAGAGGUGAUGAGUCAGCAAGCAAAGGAGUGUAGUAUUGCUAACAUUUAAUUCAUCCUCAAGUCUUGGUGAGUACCUUCACGAGAUGG